AUGAACUUCGCGGUAGGGCUGAAGCCGCUCCUGGCGGAGGCGCGGAGCAUGGAGAGCCUGGAGAAGCAGCUCAUCUGCCCCAUCUGCCUGGAGAUGUUCUCCAAGCCCGUGGUCAUCCUGCCCUGCCAGCACAACCUCUGCCGCAAGUGCGCCAACGACGUCUUCCAGGCCUCCAACCCGCUGUGGCAGUCGCGGGGCUCCAGCGCGGUGCCGUCGGGCGGGCGGUUCCGGUGCCCGUCCUGCCGGCACGAGGUGGUGCUGGACCGGCACGGGGUGUACGGACUGCAGCGGAACCUGCUCGUGGAGAACAUCAUCGACAUCUACAAGCAGGAGUCGGCCCGACCCCUUCAUGCCAAGGCUGAGCAGCACCUCAUGUGCGAGGAGCACGAGGACGAGCGGAUCAACAUCUACUGCCUGCGCUGCGAGGCGCCCACCUGCUCCCUGUGCAAGGUGUUCGGGGCGCACAAGGACUGCGAGGUGGCCCCGCUGCCGGCCGUCUACCAGCGCCAGAAGAGCGAGCUCAGCGAUGGCAUCGCCAUGCUGGUGGCGGGGAACGACCGCAUCCAGGCCAUCAUCACGCAGAUGGAGGAGAUCUGCCACACCAUCGAGGAGAACGGGCGGCGGCAGAAGCAGCACCUGGGGCUGCGGUUCGACGCGCUCUACGGCAUCCUGGAGGAGCGCAAGAAGGAGCUGCUGCAGAGCAUCGCGGCCGAGCAGGAGGCCAAGCUGCAGCGCGUCCGCGGGCUCAUCCGCCAGUACGGAGACCACCUGGAGGCCUCCUCCAAACUGGUGGAGUCUGCCAUCCAGGCCAUGGAGGAGCCCCAGAUGGCCCUGUACCUGCAGCACUCCAAGGAACUCCUGAAAAAGAUCACAGACAUGUCCAAGGCAUCCAUGAGCAGCCGCCCUGAGCCUGGCUACGAGAACAUGGACCACUUCUCCAUCAACGUGGACUACGUGGCUGAGAUGCUGAGGACCAUCGAGUUCCAGACAGAGCCACUGGGCGAGGAUGAGGGGGAUGGAGCUGGGGAAGGCAGCGAGGCCGCAGCGGACGAGGACCGGCUGGACAGCCUGGAGGUGCCCGAAGCUGCUGAAGAUGUGGGGCCGAGGCAGAAGCCAGCGAGCUCUCCCCAUGGUCAGCACUGAAGUGAAACCGUGGGGUAAGGCUGGAUGCUCUCAGCUCUGCCUGUCCCUGUCACCCUGCCCUGGCUGUGGCCAUCCCCGGCACUCCCAGGCGAGCUCCAUCCCUGCUGCUGGAAUUCCCCCGAUGGGCGCUGCCCCUCUCCAGCACUAAAAGUGUGUGAGGACACGUUCUCCCUCUCCGACAUUAAAAGAAGUGUGUGAGGA